GGUGAACACCUCUUCCGUCGAGACUGCAGAGUGCUUUCUCAACGACCGAACGAUCUGAAGCUAGCGGUAUCGCUUCCUUAUCAUGCGUGUAGUAGUGCUCUUAGAAUGUAUAUUCCUUGUCCUUCUCCUGCGAGCGAAGCUCCCCGAAAACUCAGCGAAGGCGGAACUGAUGAACAAAAAUGCCACUCUCGCGGGUGAAAUCAUCGCUUUCAAACGAAAGCUCAGAACAUCCAAGGAGUAUUCCAGUUUGGUGCCGCCCUUCGAUGCAACGAAGAAGACACUCCACAUCACGAAGUUUCUCAGCUUCGAAGACGAGUUUUUGAUCGAUCCCGAAAAGCACCUCGUGUGGUUCACGAUAACGGACUGUGAUAACUGGAAGGACUCCAGACUCGAGUGGGAGGUUGAGGACGCGCACGUUGAAGACUUGCUCAUUACCUCAUACACUACCUGGAGACCCUAUUCAUAUUACUCGGCUCAGAGGAAGCGUCUCUUCGCUUAUCCCUCGUAUUUGGAACACAGUGGCAACAUCAUUUCCUGCGAUGCGUACCAGGUGGCUCUCCCGUGCACUUUCGACAUGUGGGACUUCCCGAGCGAUGUCCAUGAAUGUGUCUUGACAGCUUACUCACCGUACUAUCAUAUCGAUGAAAUAGUCUACGAUGUCAUGGUGACCGGCUCAGAGCCGAAUUCCGAAUGGAAGAUCGACGAGAGAAGCAAAGUCCAAAGCGCUUUUUAUCCAGGCCAAGGGAAUUUUUCGGAGAUAGUCGUCGACUUCCAGCUAAGACGCAGACCCCAUCUCUACGGAGCGAGGGUAUACCUGCCACUCUGGAGCGUGAUGAUCCUGUCCUUCCUGAUCCUCUUCUCACCCGAGGAGUCGAGAGUCGCCACUUCUUCUCUGCUAUUGGUCACAGCAUUCUUACAGCAUGGCUUCCUCUUGAGCUUGGUCAAGGGAUCGACAUCGACGCCCAAGAUCGUGCUGUUCUCGAGCUGUCUGGUCACCACCACGUGCUGCAUCGCGGCAGUCGCAACAUUCCGGGCGCAGCAGCAGAAAGGCCUCUCUUCUCCCCUGGCUCAAUUCUCGUCGCGAUUCGUCUGGAUAGAAAACUUUGGCUUGAAAGCGAUAUGUCUCAUUUUGGCGGGUGUUCUCAGCCUUCUGUAGUGCUUGCG